AUGAAGAAGUGGAGGUUUGGGGGGCACAGGAGACUUGAAGAGAUUGCCAAGCUUGGAAAAAGCAGGCAUCCUAUUCAGAAGCAGAGUCCUGUCAAACAAUUCAGGAACUUCUCUGAGCAAACAGUUACCUCAGCAGGUCUAUUAACAGAGCGCGCGGCUGGCAGCAGGGGACCCGGCGUGUCCGUGGGCUGGAAGUCUCGCAACUCAGAAGAUAAAAUAACUGUCCACUUCAUAAACCGUGAUGGUGACAAACUAACAGCUGAAGGGAAAGUUGGGGACUCACUGCUAGAUGUUGUUGUUGAUAAGAAUCUAGACAUAGAUGGAUUUGGUGCAUGUGAAGGAACUUUGGCAUGCUCCACUUGUCACUUAAUCUUUGAAGACCACAUAUUUGAGAAAUUAGAUGCAAUUACUGAUGAGGAGAUGGACAUGCUGGACCUAGCCUAUGGACUGACAGAAACAUCACGUUUGGGCUGCCAAAUCUGCUUGAAGAAAUGUAUGAACAAUAUGACUGUUCGAGUACCCGAAGCAGUUGCUGAUGCUAGACAAUCUAUAGAUAUGAGCAAGAAUUCGUAAAAUAAAACUUACUAGGAGCUUUUCAUGACAUUUUAAACUAUUUUUAUAACUUAUUUCUGAAUGUUUAAAUGUGAUCUUACAUAAUCAUGGGAGUUAUUUUUUGACUAUCAGCGUUAAUUUUCUUUAUGGAACCAUUUAUUUUGAUUCUUAAAAAGAGGUAAUAAUUUUAACAUGUUAAAGGUGCACUGUAAAAUGUUAGUUUAUACUCAGAAGUCAUUUAUUGAUUUUGCUAUGUUUUCUUUUUCAACUGUUUGAACACCAGCCUUUUUCACUAAAAUAGUGGUUGUUUUUUUUUUUUUUUUUUUUAAUGGAUUCAAACCAAACCAUUUGUUUUUUAGGGUUUCAAACCUAGAGACAUUAGGAUACUGAACAUAUGACAAAUGUAGCAGUUUUUUAGUUUAAUUUCAUGUGGCAUAUUAGAAGCAUGUGUAUCCAAACAGUGCUAAUUUGCUGGUUGGUGGUAUGGUGUUUUCACAGCAACUGGAAAUAAAAUUAGGAAGAUGA